AUGAAGUUUUGCAGCAUGAACGGCCCAAGUGAAUCGGAAGUUGAAAGCCUACUCAUGAGCCCCUGCUGGGGACCCACACAGACUAAUGGCCAGGACCAAUAUCUGCUCGAUGGCCACAAGCUGUUGCUGGAUCACGAUCUGGACUCACUGCCCAGCGAUACGGAUCAGAAGAAUUCAUUGGACGUGCUCGACAAUUUGCUGUUGAACAGCUCGUCGCUAAAUGCGCUCUCCGAUCUGAAACCACUGCCUCCCUUCACCGGCUACACCGGCCACUUAUCCAUCAAUGGCAUCUCUGGGCAUCAUUAUCAUGCGAUUGCGCAGCGAUUGCCCGACGAGAGCAAUAACAAUUAUAUACAGAGUGCCUAUCAGGCUCAGCAUCAACACCAGCAGCAGCAACAACAACAACAACACGGGAGCUCCAACCACUCUAGUGGCGGCUCCAAUGAACACAACAACAUAGUCUCCUCGUCCACUUGCCUGCCAGAGAGCGUGCUUAGUGCCGCCGAUGCCGCCGAUGCCUGCCUCAGCGAUGUGAAGCUCUUUGCCGAUAGUCAGUUAGAUUCUAAGAUAUACUCAGUAGCCGAUAGCUGUGUUAUGAGCGCCGGAAGCGGUGGCAACAACAACUCCCAAGUGGCCACACUCACACCCAUCGAUCAGGUGGCGGACUCGCUGCAUGGCAGCGGAGUGCGCAUCUACAAGGAUCUGACGGAAUAUGUGGAUAUGAAUUCGAUUGACGAUAUUGCGGCAAUAAUUGGUUCGGCCAUUGCGGACACCACAGUCCCCAAUCAGCUGGAUAAGGACGAGGGUAACGAUACGCGUGACUCCUGGAUGGAUUUGGAUGCGUGGAUCGAUGGUACCUGCAUACAGCAAGAGGGUAAGCUGGUGGUGUCCCAACAGGACACGCUCAGCGACUUCAUACUGCCCCAUUCGCCGGUGCAUACGAGUAGCUCGACAUUGCAGAGUCUCCUCACACACGGCUAUAUGCCGUUGCUACAAAACCGCCUGCAACAUGGACCGCCCAGCAAUGCGGCGACAACGUCGAAUGCGACGGGGGGCAUGAAGAGCGAGACGCCCAGUUCUACCUCAUACUGCAAUGAACUGUCCACGGCCACGUCCAGCAGCAGUCCGCCGGGAUCGGUGGUCAGCACCAGCACAGACAAUCUCAUGAUUAAUCCGCGCUACCUAACCAAUGCCAGCAGUCAUCAAUACCAGCUGGGCGCUGGCAAUAACAACGGCUCCAACAAUGGCAUGCAGACGAAUUCGGGUGGCAUGGCGGGCAGCCUGAAGUCCGAUGGACUCUGUAGUCCCGACAUGCUCGGCAAUUACCCGCACACCACCACCGUCACACCGACUGGCACACCCAAAGCCAAACGCUCCCGCUCCCAGAAAAAGUCCAGUCAGCAGCAACAACAGCAACAAAGUGGGAGCACCGCUACGGCGCCGGCGCCACCCCAACAGCUCAAUGCUAUCUCACCCUCCAGCGUCAACAGUUUCAGCGCCAACGAUCUGUCCGGAUUGCUAGGCAAAGAGAAGCCCGUCCAUCGUUGCAGCAUCUGUAAUCGGGGCUUCCUCAAUAAGUCCAACAUAAAGGUGCAUCUGCGCACCCAUACCGGUGAGAAGCCGUUCCGGUGCGAUGUCUGCGCCAAGGCCUUUCGACAAAAGGCGCAUUUGCUCAAACAUCAACAGAUACAUAAGAGAAUUGGGCGUGACUGA